ACGUUUUUACAAAACGUCAGUGCGUGACGCUAUUACCAGGCGACUUCAUCUUUGUCAGUGAACAAAAUGGCGCCGUAUUAUGUCCUAGUCAAUCAGUUACAGCAAUUGUUAAGUAAAGGAGUUCGAAGAUACCAUGUAUCUACUUUUCUGUGCCAGCGGGCCAAGGCGGCCAUGAGCCAGUUUGAGCCUAAUGAAUACAUAAAUUAUGAACAGCUUGAAAAAAAUGUCAACAUUGUCCAGAAAAGACUGGACCGUCCCCUUACAUUGUCAGAGAAGAUUGUAUAUGGCCAUUUAGAUGAUCCUGUCAAGCAGGAUAUUGAAAGGGGCAAGACAUAUCUGCGUCUGCGACCAGAUCGUGUAGCUAUGCAGGAUGCCACUGCCCAGAUGGCCAUGCUGCAGUUCAUCAGUAGUGGGUUGCCUAAAGUGGCAGUGCCCUCAACUAUCCACUGUGAUCACCUUAUUGAAGCUCAGCUAGGUGGUGAGAAAGAUCUUCGAAGAGCAAAGGAUAUUAAUCAAGAAGUAUACAACUUCCUAGCCACAGCAGGUGCCAAGUAUGGAGUGGGUUUCUGGAAACCAGGAUCAGGAAUUAUUCACCAGAUUAUCCUGGAGAACUACUCCUAUCCUGGUGUUAUGCUUAUUGGCACGGAUUCCCAUACGCCCAAUGGUGGUGGAUUGGGUGGAAUCUGUAUUGGAGUUGGUGGUGCUGAUGCAGUUGAUGUCAUGGCAGGAAUCCCUUGGGAGCUUAAAUGCCCAAAGGUAAUUGGAGUAAAAUUAACUGGCAAGCUAUCAGGCUGGAGUUCUCCAAAAGAUGUAAUCCUUAAAGUGGCUGGUAUACUUACUGUGAAAGGUGGUACAGGAGCCAUCAUAGAAUAUCAUGGGCCUGGCGUGGAUUCCAUCUCUUGUACAGGAAUGGCAACUAUCUGUAAUAUGGGAGCAGAGAUUGGUGCCACCACUUCAGUCUUCCCUUACAAUCCCCGUAUGAAGAAAUAUUUAUCCAAGACUGGACGUGCUGAAAUUGCUAAUUUGGCAGAUGAAUUCCAAGAGCAUUUAAAGCCUGAUCCUGGCUGUUCCUAUGAUCAGCUAAUUGAAAUUAAUCUCAGCGAGCUGAAACCCCUUAUCAAUGGGCCUUUUACUCCAGACCUGGCACACACUGUUGAAGAGAUUGGCUCUGUGGCAGAAAAAAAGGGAUGGCCAGUGGAUAUUCGAGUUGGUCUGAUUGGUAGCUGCACUAAUUCAAGCUAUGAGGAUAUGGGGCGCUCUGCAGCAGUGGCAAAACAAGCACUAACUAAUGGGGUUAAAUGCAAGUCUCAGUUCACCAUUACACCUGGCUCAGAGCAGAUCCGGGCCACAAUAGAAAGGGAUGGAUAUUCAAAAACCCUGCGUGAUGUUGGUGGAGUGGUUCUUGCUAAUGCAUGUGGGCCCUGCAUAGGCCAGUGGGACAGAAAAGAUACCAAAAAAGGUGAAAGGAAUACAAUUGUUACAUCCUAUAACAGAAAUUUCACUGGUCGUAAUGAUGCCAACCCUGAGACACAUGCAUUUGUAACUUCUCCAGAGAUAGUAACAGCCCUGGCACUUGCUGGGACUUUGAAAUUUAAUCCAGAGGUUGACUACCUGACAGGAGCAGAUGGAAAGAAGUUUAUACUUGAGCCACCUGAUGCUGAUGAAUUGCCAAAAUUGGAAUUUGAUCCAGGCCAGGAUACCUACCAGUAUCCUCCUAAGGAUGGUAGUAGCCAACAUGUGGAUGUGAGCCCCACUAGCCAGCGUUUGCAGCUGCUUGAGCCCUUUGAUAAGUGGGAUGGGAAGGACCUGGAAGACAUGCUGAUCCUCAUAAAGGUCAAAGGGAAAUGUACAACUGACCACAUUUCAGCAGCAGGCCCCUGGCUCAAAUUCCGUGGGCAUCUGGACAACAUUUCAAACAAUCUGUUGAUUGGAGCUAUAAACAUUGAAAACGACAAGGCCAACUCAGUGAGGAAUGCGUUAACACAGGAGUUUGGACCUAUUCCUGACACAGCCCGUUACUACAAGAAACAUAAUGUUAAGUGGGUUGUCGUUGGAGAUGAAAACUAUGGGGAAGGCUCCAGUCGGGAACAUGCAGCAUUGGAGCCACGGCAUCUAGGAGGAAGAGCUAUUAUUGUCAAGAGUUUUGCCAGGAUUCAUGAAACUAAUUUGAAGAAACAAGGCCUCUUGCCACUAACAUUUGCUGAUCCAGCUGACUAUGACAAGAUUCAUCCUGUGGACAAGCUAAGUAUUGUGGGCCUAAAAGAUUUUGCCCCUGGAAAGCCCUUGAAAUGCAUCAUUAAACAUCCUAAUGGGAGCCAAGAAACAAUAAUGUUGAACCACACCUUCAAUGAGACUCAGAUUGAGUGGUUCCGAGCCGGUAGUGCACUCAACAGAAUGAAAGAGCUACAGAAGCACUGAACCUACGCACAUAACACAUCCAGAGGAUGAUGGCUAGUUUCCAUUAAAGUGCAAUUCCACAACAAUUCUUGAGAAUAAGUGUCUCUGAUCAAAUGUAACAUUAGCUUCCUACUCAUUUCAAUAUUCACUUGCCUAACGAAAUAAAAGAAUUCCCUUUUCUUUCUCCAUUAUACAGUUCUAUCUUUCAUAGCUGCUACUUUUCAUGCAUUUUGGUUGUCCCAUAUUGCUUCAUAUUUAUUUUCCAAUUAUUUUCCUGCCCAAUAAUUUCAGUGAUAACAAAAGAAUGAAAAAUUAGAAGGUAAUUGUUCUUGUGGAAAAUAAAAUUGUAACUGACACAUCUGGU